UAAGUUCGACAAUAUAACUUAGAUGACAAAAUCUUUAGUUUUACUCAAAUGAAUUGAUGCAAAAAUGAAUACACCCCACAACAAAAACUACUACAUCUAGUAUUUUGUAUGACCUCCAUGAUUUGUAAGGACAGCUCCAAUUCUUCUAGGCAUGGAAUGAACAAGUUGGCGACAUAUUGCAACAUCUAUAUUUUUCCAUUUUUCAAGAACGAUGACUUUUUUAGAGCCUGGAUGCUGGAUGGAGAGUGAUGCUGAACGUGUCUCUUCAGUAUUCCCCAUAGGUGUUCGAUCACGAGACAU